AUGUUGACUCCCAGAUUCGCCUCUAGACUCAUUUCGAGUAAGUUUCUGAGACCACAAUGUGCUGUAAGAGGGCUCUCCACCACUUUGCGUGUCUCUGCUGCAGCUUUUGACCGUAAGAAACCUCAUUUAAACAUCGGUACUAUUGGUCACGUCGAUCAUGGUAAGACUACUUUGACUGCUGCUAUCACCAAGACUUUGGCUGAAAAGGGUGGUGCUGAUUUCUUGGAUUAUGCUGCUAUCGAUAAAGCUCCUGAAGAAAGAGCUCGUGGUAUUACUAUCUCUACUGCCCACGUCGAAUACGAGACUGAAAACAGACAUUAUUCUCAUGUUGACUGUCCUGGGCAUGCGGAUUAUAUUAAGAAUAUGAUCACUGGUGCUGCUCAGAUGGAUGGUGCAAUUAUCGUUGUUGCUGCAACGGAUGGUCAGAUGCCUCAAACUAGAGAACAUUUGUUGUUGGCUAGACAAGUCGGUGUUCAACAUAUUGUUGUCUUUGUUAACAAGGUCGAUACUAUGGAUGAUCCUGAAAUGUUGGAAUUGGUUGAAAUGGAAAUGAGAGAACUUUUGUCCCAAUACGGGUUUGAUGGUGACAACGUUCCAGUUGUCAUGGGUUCUGCUCUAUGUGCUUUGGAAGGUCGUCAACCAGAGAUCGGUGAACAAGCUAUUAUGAAAUUGUUAGAACAGGUCGACGAGUACAUUCCAACUCCAAAGAGAGAUUUGGAUAAGCCUUUCUUGAUGCCAGUUGAAGAUAUCUUCUCUAUCUCAGGUAGAGGUACUGUCGUUACUGGACGUGUUGAGAGAGGUAACUUGAAGAAGGGUGAAGAAAUUGAGAUCGUUGGUCACAACACCACCCCACUUAAGACCACUGUCACUGGUAUCGAAAUGUUCAGAAAGGAAUUGGACCAAGCAAUGGCCGGUGAUAACGCUGGUAUCUUGCUAAGAGGUGUCAGAAGAGACCAAUUGAAGAGAGGUAUGGUCUUGGCUAAGCCAGGUACCGUCAAGGCUCACACCAAGUUCUUGUCCUCCUUGUACAUUUUGUCAAAGGAAGAAGGUGGUAGACACUCUGGUUUCGGUGAAAACUACAGACCCCAGAUGUUUAUCAGAACCGCAGAUGUCACUGUCGUGUUGAAGUUCCCUGAGUCCGUUGAAGAUCACUCCAUGCAAGUCAUGCCAGGUGACAACGUCGAAAUGGAAUGUGAAUUGAUCCAUCCAACUCCUUUGGAAGUCGGUCAACGUUUCAACAUCAGAGAAGGUGGUAAGACCGUCGGUACCGGUUUGAUCACCCGUCUGUUAGAGUAA